AAUUUUAAAAAAUAAUCCAAAUAUUCUCAACGUUUUCAGUCACCUACUUCCUCUAUAUUCGAGGUUCAUGUCUUUUAUCGGCGCGUGCACAUCGCGUACCAGAUUUUCGGUAUAACUUUGUUUCAGGCUACAAGCUCUGAGAUAAGUCCCAGAUCCAUAUUCAAACUCGUGGCAUCCGAAUCAUCUUUCUUCUUUUUUUUCCUUCUCUUUUUCAACAUGAAAAUUCUGAUAAAUUAUUAUGGGGUGUGUAAAUAAUAAUCUUUCGCUCAGUUAUUCCGUUUCAUUUGCAGAUGGAAGGCAAAGAUAAUUCCAGUUCUAAGGAUUACUACAAAGUUUUGGAAGUUGAUUACGAUGCAACUGAUGAGAACAUCAGGUUAAAUUAUCGGAAGCUUGCACUGAAGUGGCAUCCAGAUAAGCACAAGGGUGAUAGUUCUGUUACAACUAAGUUCCAAGAGAUAAACGAAGCUUACAAUGUGUUAAUCGAUCCUGAGAAACGCUUUGAGUAUGAUUUAACUGGAAUAUAUGAGGUUGAUAAGUAUACCUUACGGGAAUACCUUGCCAGAUUUAAAGGAAUGAUUCUUACUUGCAAUGGGCUUGGUAUUAGUCAUACAUCAACAUGGACACAACAACUAACAGAAACAAACGGAUGUACUGAAGAAAGUUAGCUUGUUUUAAAAUUUACGAAGAUUGCCAUACUUAUUUCCGAGUGACUCGGAACUAUUGGUGAAUUUAAGAAUGCCAAUACCCUGUGAGUAAACGAUUCCAAUCUUUUAUCUACUAGUCAAACAUGAAUGUAUCUCAUCUUCUUAGUAUUAUUACAUCUUUAAUCGAUUUGUUG